GGGAGGAGGUGGUGUGGCGUUUCAUACAUGACUACAUAGAAUAAGGAUUUAUCAGAAGGGACUCGGUAGGUAGCGCUUGCAUAAUUUAGUCUUGAUUGAAUUCUUGUCGUUACAUUAUGUCCGAAGAAAUUAAAGAAACAAAGACCAUCGAAGAGGCAUCGGUCGAUGAACGGAAGGAAAUGGAAGAUAAGGUGAUCAGUCCAGAGAAGGCAGAGGAGGCCAAGCUCAAGGCAAGGUAUCCACACCUUGGGGCCAAGCCCGGGGGUUCUGAACUUCUCAGGAAACGACUUCAGAAGGGGCCAAAGUACUUUGACUCUGGGGACUACAACAUGGCCCAAGCCAAGAUGAAGAACAAGCAGCUGCCCGCGGCCACGGCGGAGAAGACUGAGAUCACCGGAGACCACAUCCCCACCCCUCAGGACCUGCCUCAGAGGAAGCCCUCUCUCGUGGCCUCCAAGCUGGCCGUUUGAUACCAGCUCCCAAAACUGCACUGCUUUCUUCUCAUUCCUCCUCCUUCCAUUCCUCUCACCUCCCCUGUCCCAUCACGGCCCAUCUCCUCCAGCACCCUCUGUGUUAGUUUCCUUUUGCCGUUUUUCUUUUUCUUUUCUUUUUUUCCUGUCCAUUUAACUUCCAUGUGUAAGUGCCCUGAUAUGAACAUUUGGAGAAGUUGACAGGCUCCAAUUUAAAAAGUGCUGCUGCGGGGAAAGGAUUUUGUCUAUUAAGAGCUGGAAUAGUAGUCUUGAGGCUGAAAUGAACAAUGUUGCAAAAUCAACUCUAAGUACUGUAGUUCUCAUUGAGUGUACAUAUUUCCUGGUGUUGGAGUUCUGAUGGGUUUCGACAUUUUAGAACGUUUUACAUUUUUACUCUUCAUUCCUGAUGCUUUCACCUAAAGUUUUUGAAGUAAAAUGCUUGAUUGAUUCACGAUAACCCUCAAUAAUGUCUCUGCCACUUCCUCCUCUCUGUCACCACUCUCUUUAUGUUGUAUACAUGACAAAUACAGAAUGGAGCACUGAGCUAGCGCUAGAAGGUGAUGUUUAAAAAGCAUGCGUGACACUAGGCCCUUAUAGGCUGCCUUUUGCUUGCCUCUGAUCUUGAAUGAAAAAAAAAAAUGGCCUUAAAAUUGUCUUAAGCUUUAUCAUCCGUGGUUUCUCUAAAGCAAUAUUUGUCCACCAAACCAACCACCUACAUCCACCCCACCUCCCCUAAGAAAACUCCUUGUGAAACCUUGUAUUUGAACCGGAAUCAGUCUCAAGUAGGAGUUGUUGUCGGGUGACUCACGAAACGGUAUGCUUUGAAGGUGCACGUGCAUCGACUGUGCAGUCACUUUUGUGCCAUUUAUUUUGUAAAUAAAAUAGUUUUGCAUAAAUGUA